GAGAAUGGAGUCCUGGUCCUUUAAGGGGGCGUGCCGACGGUGGGCGGAGUCUAGGGCGGAAGUUAUAAAUUAGGGCCGAAGUCCGGCUAAUGAAGGGCGGAAGUAGAGUGUCUAGUGUUGCAAUUAUGGCGCAGGAAGAGGAAGAUAUUCGGGAUUACAAUUUGACUGAAGAGCAGAAGGCGAUCAAGGCCAAAUAUCCCCCAGUCAUUCGGAAGUACGAGUAUUUGGAUCAUACAGCAGAUGUCCAGUUACAUGCGUGGGGAGAUACUCUGGAGGAAGCAUUUGAACAAUGUGCAAUGGCCAUGUUCGGUUACAUGACAGAUACUGGGACUGUGGAGCCCCUGCAGACAGUAGAAGUAGAAACCCAAGGAGAUGACUUAGAAUCCCUUCUAUUUCACUUUUUGGAUGAGUGGCUUUAUAAGUUCAGUGCUGAUGAAUUCUUCAUACCCCGGGAAGUGAAAGUACUUCACAUUGAUCAAAGAAAUUUCAAAUUACGGUCAAUUGGGUGGGGAGAAGAAUUUUCAUUGUCCAAGCACCCUCAGGGAACUGAAGUCAAAGCAAUAACCUACUCAGCAAUGCAGGUCUAUAAUGAAGAGAAGCCAGAAGUUUUUGUGAUCAUUGACAUUUAAGAUAUCAAAACACAAACAAAACAAACCGAACCCCCUUCUACGAAGAACUGGUUUUUUUCCUCUUCCUUUUCAGAAGAUCCCAUGAUAUAAAUUCUACAGUAUCUGUUGCUAUAUGGAGAUUUGCAGAAGUUUUUAAAAAAGAUUUUAUUUAUUUGUCAGAGAGUGAGUGAGAACAUAAGCGGGAGAUCAGCAGAGAUGGGCGAGAAGCAGGCUCUCCUAGGACCCCCAGAUCAUGACCCGAGCCAAAGGCAGACGCUUAACCGACUGAGUCACCCAGGCGCCCUACGAACGGAACUUUUAAAGUCAGAAAUGGGACAGCGAGGUGCAGCCUUGGUCUAUGUAACCCAGAUAUUCAGACUUGAAAGAAUUCUUCAGGUGGCAAGUAUGGCAUCUCGUCUCUUAGUUCCCCGCUGUAGGAGCAGGUACUCAGCCCAUUCCAGUGGAAUGCCGGGUCCCAAAAGGACCGGUAAUUUAAGCAGCAGCCCAGAGACUCUGAAUCUGCCAUACUCUCACCGAAUCCGGUCUGAGAAAAAUAAUAAUAAUUUGAAAAAUCCUUUGACCAGGACUUUGCUUUUACCCCACAUUGGUUCUCUCUCACACACACACAGAGACACACAUUUUUACAUGGGCCUGAAUUCACGACCCUGAGAUCAAGACCUCAGCUAAGAUCAGGAGUCGGAUGCUCAAAUGACUAAGCCACCCAGGUGCCCCUAACACACACAUCUUCUGUAUAUGCAUUGAGAGGUUGUGUUUUACAUUCUGCGGGACAGAGCCAUCCUGUAUUCCACUUGAUUUUUAUUAGAAAUAAUUAUAGUUUAAAAAUUGGGAGACUUACCUAGAAAGAGCUCGGAGUCUCUCUCUCACAUUUUAAAAACACUUAUGUUGUGUAUACUUUACUGAUUUCUCAUAAGAAAAUUUAAACACCCUUACAAACAGGCCUGCCCUUCUCACAGGUAAUUUUAUAUUAAAGCUGCUCUGUGUAGGGACGCCUGGGUGACUUAGUCGUUAAGCAUCUGCCCUCGGCUCACAUCAUGAUCCGGGAGUCCUGGGAU